CACAGUAAGUGCAGCAACUUGCUAUGGAAAAGCUGGAGGAAGUUUUGAAACCCUGCAUUUAAAACCCAGCCACGCCAGAGUUGAAAGAUUUACAGAGGGAAGUGUGUGCCUCCGGCUAGGAAGAACACUUAUUUAUGGAAGCUGGCUCCAAAAGCAGCAAUGCAGCUAGUGCUUUAAAGUGAAAAUAGCCGACUAUUUAACACUAGACAAGCGGGAAGAGACAUUUCCCCCUCCCCCCCCCAAGGUUCUGAUCUUUCUCAGGUUGGAAAGUGAAAUCAAAGUCUUCUCCAUCGUCCCCUUUGGGAAGCCAACGAGAGCUAAAGAUGGCCACUCAGGAAAAAGAAGUAUCAAGUGCCAUUGACCUGGAGGAAAUAGGCACGGAGAUGCAACCCAAGAAAGAACAGAAGACGUUUACAGUGGAAGAAGCUGUGGAAACCAUUGGGUUUGGACGGUUUCAUAUAGCGCUCUUCCUGAUCAUGGGCAGUACUGGUGUGGUAGAAGCCAUGGAGAUCAUGCUAAUAGCUGUUGUUUCUCCACUCAUCCGUUGUGAGUGGCAACUUCACGACUGGCAGGUGGCUUUAGUGACAACGAUGGUGUUUUUUGGCUACAUGGUGUUCAGUGUAUUCUUUGGAUUCUUAGCUGACAGAUAUGGUCGCUGGAAGAUUCUACUGAUCUCUUUCUUAUGGGGGGCCUAUUUCUCCUUGCUGACGUCAUUUUCCCCAUCGUACAUCUGGUUUGUUUUCCUCCGGGCCAUGGUGGGAUGCGGUGUGUCAGGCCAUGCACAAGGACUUAUCAUAAAAACUGAAUUCUUGCCUACAAAAUACCGAGGGUAUAUGUUGCCCUUAUCUCAGGUAUUUUGGUUGGCAGGAUCCUUAUUAAUUAUUGGACUGGCAUCAGUGAUUAAUCCAACCAUCGGCUGGCGCUGGCUGAUCAGAAUUGCCUCCAUUCCAGGCAUCAUCCUCAUCCUGGCAUUUAAGUUCAUUCCAGAGUCUGCCCGACACAACGUCGCUACUGGAAAUAAGGAAGCUGCUGUUAUUCCUCAUGCAGCUCCAGAGCAUGCUAGUAUCAAGUGUGGAAAUCGCACAUUUCCAAAUACUUUUCUAACCUUGUGCUUUCUAUUCAAUAAUUUGCAGGAAAGAAGAGGUAGAUUCAGAGACCUAUUGGAUCCCAAAUACUUACGAACUACUUUGCAAAUAUGGAUCAUAUGGCUUGGAAUAUCUUUUGCUUAUUAUGGUGUCAUCUUGGCUAGUGCUGAAUUACUGGAGCGGGACAUGGUCUGCAGUUUGCAGACCAUAGCAGUGAAGGAGUUCGGGGAUGACUCAGAGGAAAGCCACAGCCCGUGUUACUGUCGCUUUUUUGCCCCUUCGGAUUACCGGAUAAUGAUCAUCAGCACAAUUGGAGAGAUUGCAUUAAAUCCCUUAAACAUUCUAGUCAUCAAUUUCCUAGGAAGACGACUGAGCCUGUCUGUAACAAUGGGAUGCACAGCGCUAUUUUUCCUUCUCCUUAAUAUCUGCACUACAAGUACGGGUCUAAUUGGUUUUCUCUUCAUGCUGCGUGCCUUGGUAGCAGCAAACUUCAACACCAUCUACAUUUACACAGCAGAGGUUUACCCCACCACGAUGCGAGCACUGGGGAUGGGGACGAGUGGGUCACUGUGUCGGGUUGGAGCUAUGGUGGCACCAUUUAUAGCACAAGUUCUCAUGAGUGCUUCAUUCCUUGGGGCCCUCUGCCUUUUCUCAGGAGUGUGUGUGGUAUGUGCCAUCUCUGCCAUCACUCUGCCCAUAGAGACCAAAGGAAGGGCACUCCAGGUUUGUAAUCUCUGAUCCUUAUUUCUAACACAGCUACAGCAUUGUCCACAUGAGAACACAAUACUGAUUUGAUUAAAUAGUUUAGAGGCUCCUGCAAUCAUUAUUUUGUCCCAGAUCCAUAGAAAGCAUUCAAACCAAAGUAAGUGACUCUGUACAUAUGGGUUAGGUUGGACUGGACUGAUCUAACUAAACCACAGUCUCUAUUACUGUAUAUGCUUUGCCAUUAUAGCUACAGUGGCAUAGCUAGCCCAACAAAAGCACUAUUGUCAUCACUCAUGCCAAUAGAAGGGGUUUUUCUCUCUCCAUAGUAUCACCUUCCCAAAAAACCCAGUUUAAGACAAGGACUAAGGAUUGUUUAAAUAAUCUCCCACUGUGGAUGGAAGGUAGCCCUGUGCAGGUGGCCUGAAUUCUAUUUAAACCUUGAGAUGGUUGGUAUUGCAGUAAUCAAACAAAAGUUUUCCAAAAAAUGCUUUAACAUGUAAGAGAAAAACUUUGAUCCAUCUAUAGUUUCAAUCUUAUCUUAUCUAAUAGUGAACUAGAUACAUGUAAAUUUAAAUGACUAUUUGUUGAGGCAGAGUCUCUUCCUUGAGACUGGGCUGCAUGCUUGAGAGCUAAUAUCACAGUUGCAGUUUCAAUAGAUAAUCUUUUGCAGACUAGCUCCUGACUCUGCUACCAAUUAUACUAUUCACAAAGGAUUAGUCCUGUAGCAGUUAAUGGGAUCAAUCACAAAUGCAGUUACUUAUGCAUAAAAGUAAACUAGGUUAAGGCCACAAUUUAUUUUCAACAUUUUAUGUGGAAAUUUUUUUUAAUGCGCCAAUAUUUGUAUUCCUUCCCUACUAGUGUUAGGAGGCCAUACAAAAAUAUAGAUAGCACACAAAUGCUGUUUAUAUUCUUUAACAUAGUGACAUUUAAGAUGAGACAGUUUUCAUGUGGCAGUUUAAAUUGUUGCUCCUAAAUCUGUUUUGUAGGAAACGUGUGGGUGCAUUGUAGACCGUUAUAUUUCAAGAGUAAUUUUAGAAUCCAGAUCAGCGUUGUAUGAAAGAGGCAGAUGCAUAGGCUGACUGUAUCUAGCUUUGCAUCAGAUUCUAAUCUUAGAGCAAAACCAUGGCUCCUGGAUCCAUAAGCCUCAGUUCUUAAAUAUGCUCAGUUUGAGUCUGAUUUUUAUCCUUUUUAUAUCUUCCCAUUUUUUUAGCAAACAAAAUGAAGAAACUCGAGGUUGGCUUGCCUGGGAGAGAAAAAGGAACAUUUUGAUUCUUUUCGCAGUUGAACUACCUUAUGUUCAUUGCUUCUUGAUGUCAUUUCAUUUCUGGAAAGAGGCAGCAUAAUCAAUCACCAUUGAAGAGCAUACAAACUACUUGCUUUCUGCAGCUGACCUCCAUUUGCACAAUUUUUUUUUGGGGGGGAGGGGGCACUGACUUAAGGGUGGGGAAUGGGUUAGGGUUAUUAUACAUCAGUUCCUACAAAAGUCAACAACUUUAGUGCAGAAUGGAUGUAUACUAGGGCAACUUAUUGGGGGGGGGGGCCCCCUUUAACUGGUUUGGGGAUAUUGUCAGUUUAUAGCUGGAUUAAGGCUGAGGGUGUUUUUCCUUCAGGAGUGGAAUAGGGCUUUUGCCAAGGUACUGUGGCAUACUUCAAGUACAUAGUAAUUAAGUAUGAUAUGUUUGUGUGUGAGUCCUACCUUACUGUGCCCUCAAAAUGAAGCUUUAACUGAUUUACC